ACGAAUAAACCGCAACGAUGAAGUCGAUCGUGCUGUGCCUGGCGCUCCUGGCGGUGGUGGUGGCGGCGGCGGCGGCUCCGCAGCGCGAGGGCGCCGCCUUCAGCCGGGAGGCCAUCAAGCAGGCCCAGAGCACCUCCCUCAUCCCCAGAGACGCUGUGAUACAAAAUGUGCAAGAGGGAGUAGAGCUGGCGGCGUACGAGUCCAUCCCCGCCGGCCAGAGGGUCAACCUGCGAGAGAUCCUGGGCGACCAGCUGCCGGAGGAGGUCAUCAACAACCUGCAGAACCAGAUCGACAACGCCGUCCAGCAGUAGACCAAAGUACACCCAUCAUCGCAUCAAAAUCGUAACAGCAGUACCACCUAGUACUAAGACUGGGAACCUGUAAGCUCUACAAUCUAAACGAUCGAUUAGGUAUUUAGGUCUCAUUUAGGUGUAGUGCUAGGCGGUACUCCUGCGUCUUCGUGUGUCAUCAUCAUUAUUUAUCAUUAGCGAGGUACCAGACCGGCGGGAGAGGCGUGUCGCAAGCGCCGUGUUGUGAUAUCACAUCGUUUUGUUUGUACAUAAUAUAUUUUUAUAAUAAACGACUUAACGUA